AUGCUGGAGAACUUUACACUUCUGUCAUCUGUAGGUGUUUCUGUAGCUGUGUCACCAUUCAGGACUCAAAAACAAUGUGAGUCCACCCAGAUCUCCCAGCCUUGUGAGACACGUAGUUCUCUCCUAAAAGGCAUUCUGCACCUGUCUCAGCAGAACAGAACACACCCUGAGCAAGGGUUGUACACAUGUGUGGCAGUGCACCUGCACCAAAAGUGGCAGCUUUGAGAGAAACUCUCCAGAAGUGACGAGGAGAGUCGUUUAUUUGUGAAGAAUGACAGAGUUCAUGUGGCAGAAAGGAGCUUCCCAUGCGUGGAGAGCAGCAAGGAUUCUACUGCUAACUCAGACCUUCUCCAGCAACAGGCCCUUCAUGGUGGGUGGAAGCCACACAGGGACACCCAGGGCAAGGUGGCCUUUCAAGGUGGACAGAAUGACUAUAGCUGCAGCCAGUGUGGAAAAGACUUUUGCCACCAACAUAUGCUUCUGGAGCACCAAAAAAUACAUACUGGGGAAAGACCUCAUGAGUGCAGUGAAUGUGGGAAAUUGUUUAGGUACAACCCCAACCGUACUAAACAUCAGCGAAAUCACACUGGAGAAAGGCCUUAUAAUUGUAGUGAAUGUGAGAAAGCCUUCAGCCUCAAACAUGUUAUUCAGCACCAAAAAAUUCACACUGGAGAAAGGCCUUAUGAGUACACUGAAUGCAGGAAGGCCUUCAUUAGAAAGUUCCACCUAGUUCAGCACCAGAAAAUCUACACUGAAGGAUUCUUUCCAAAAAAUCUUGUUGAAAAAAAAUCUGAUCUAGUUGAAAACCAGAAGGUUUACACCAGGCCAAGGCCUUAUGAGUGCAGCCAAUGUGGGAAGACUUUCCUUACAUGGGCUCACCUUGUUUGUCAUUGGAAAAUUCAUACUGGAGAAUGGCCUUAUGAGUGCAGUGAAUGUGGGAAGUUCUUUAUUGACAGGUCCACACGCAUUAUUCAUCAGAGAGUUCACACCGGAGAAAGGCCUUAUGAGUGCAGAGAAUGCGGUAAGUUCUUUAUGGAUAGGCCCACACUCAUUAGACAUCAGAGAGUUCAUAGUGGGGAAAGGUGUUAUGAGUGCAGCAUAUGUGGGGAAUUCUUUAGGUGUAACUCCAUCCUCAUUAAACAUUGGAGAAUUCAUACUGGAGAAAGGCCGUAUAAGUGCAGCGAAUGUGGGAAACCCUGUAGGUACCACUGCAAACUCAUUAGGUAUCAGAGAGUUCACACUGGAGAAAGGCCUUAUGAGUGCCUCGAAUGUGGAAAACUCUUUAAAUACUAAACCAGCCUCUUUAAACAUUGGAGAAUUCAUACUGGAGAGAGGCCUUAUGAAUGUAGCAAAUGUGGGAGAGUCUUUAACCAAAACUCCCACCUUAUUCAGCACCAAAAAGUUCACACCAGAUAAAGAACCUAUAUAUAAUGCAAAUGUGGAAAGACUCCACACAGAAAUCUGCUUUGAUUUAGUACUGGGAAUUAUGAUAUUAUUAUUUUUAAUUUAAAAUACAGCUAACAUAACGUCUAACAUCCUAACUGUAUAUAAGUGUACGGUUCAUUAGUGUUAUUUGCAUUGUUGUGCAAUGAAUAUCCAGGUCCUUUCAACUCCUGAAACUAAAACUCUGUACCCUUUAAACACUCAUUCCCACUCCACCUAGUCCCUAACAGCAACCACUCUGUAUGAAUUUAUUAGUCCAGGUACCCCAUAUGAGAAAACUUAAGUUUUGGUCUUCUUGUGACUUAUUUUGUGCCUUAUUUCACUUAAUACCUUCAAGGUUUAUCCAUGUUGUAGCAUGAAUUAGAAUUUCCAUCUUUUUAAAGCCUGAAUAAAAUUCUGUUAUACUCAUGUGUUACUUAACAAUGUGGAUAUAUCCUGAGAAAUGCAAGAUUUGGUGAUUUUGUGAUUGUGUAAAUUCCUAUGCUAUAUAUGUAUAUAGACUAUAUCUUCUAGGCUACAAACUUGUACAGCAUAUUAUUGCACUGAAUUCUGUAGGUAGUUGGAACACAUAGCAAGUAAUUGUAUCUAAAUAUAUGUAAACAGAGAAAAAUCCAGUAAAAAUGAAAUAUAAAAGAUUAAAAAAAGAAAAAGUA